AUGGUGUUCCAGUACCUAGAUUUACGAGACAUGAAGCAGUUCCGGCUUGCAGACCGUGAAUGCAGAGACAUCGCCACGCCUCUUUGCUUCGAAACAGUCACCUUCGAUAUCAGCGAGGCCAGUAUUGGGAACUUGGUCAACGUCGCUUCAACCGAAUACUUAGCCAGGCAUGCACGAACCUUGAUUCUUCAGAGGCGAAGGAGAAUGCGACAGUUCUCCGAUUAUGACAACUGGGAGCGAGCUAUUAGCCUGCCAGAUGAUCCCAAUAUCACUUUGUCCCCGUUUAACGAUGGUGAUGACGAAGAGGAUACGCAUUACGAUAUCAUGUCAUAUCACGACUGGUCACAAUGCACAGACGCCGAAAGGAGAAGCCUCUACCAUCGAUACGAGACGGAUCGCGUGGCAGCAAAUGACAAUGUGCAAUCCUUAUCAAGAACAUUAUGUUUUCGUAGGGUGGGCUGCACUUACAGCGAGCAGGUCCAGUCUGUAAUUGGGUCAUCGCCGAUGGGAGAGGAGUGCAUCAUCAGGAGACUGGAUGAGACUUUGGCAAAAUUCACACAACUCACUUCGUUCAAGCACAGGCCUACAAUUCUUUUAAGAGAUCGCUGGGUUACUCACUGGCAGAGACUACGCUUCGAUCCCUUCGAUUUCUACUCCGACAGCUACGAAGAAGACUGCCAAGAGGAUGACGAUAUGGAGGCCUUGCACUUGUCAUGUGCACUCAGGGCUAUAGGAUGGGCAAAGCAAUAUCUCACCAAACUCAACUCCAUGGUGUUCCAUGUCGAAGGUCCAGCGUUCUGGGGCCCACGCCGCCUGCGACGCCUCUGGCAGGGUGAAGGACACGGCGAAGUCAGAAGAUUACGGCAGCUAUACGAGGAUGCUAUGCAAGCAGAAGAGCACAUGGAACCGAUACCACAGGAUCUGACCAGAGAUGACGAAUACGUCAGACAACUGGUCAUCAUGGAAAACGCUCUGGGAGAGCUCACUCACCUUGAUUGCUCGAUCUGUGAAGAUGAGGAUGACGGAGGCCUUUUCAUGGCAGCAAGAUUUUUCUUCGAAUUUCUCUGCUGUGGCCAGAACCUGAAAAGAGUGCGCCUGACUUUUGGUUGGCUGGUGGAUGGCCUUCUCCAAUCUGAUCACUGGCGUCACACGAAUGGGGAUGGCCCUAAAGAAUUGCUUACCUUGCUGACUAACUGUAAGCCGUGGCCGAAGAUUGAGGAACUCAAGCUCGAGAUCGCAACGGAUGAAACCACCCUGCUACGUUUCCUACAGUCGCUCAGCCUCACGCUACACCAUCUUACGCUUUCGACUGUCACACUAGCACCCUCGCAGGGAACUUGGGACUCUGCUCUUCCGGCGAUUGCAACAAGUCUCACGAACCUAAGAAGGUUGAAUUUGGCAAUGCUGUGUGACUUCCCGCAACAUGGGCAGCAACGACUUCUCUUCAAUCCGGAGGCGGAGACAUGGGCUGGCAAAAGUGCUUGUUACAACGAUUACAAGGAACGCGUGAUUGGCCAUCUUUUACAUGCUAAGAAACUGCACCAACUCGAGCCCGAAUUAUUCAUGGAAGAGCAUAUGCAAAGCCAUAAGCACGCUUAG